GUUGAACAAACUGAAGUCCAGGUGAAUCACUAGCAGUGUUGGGUGUUAAACAGAGAUCAGUGACACGGGUGUUCAACAUGAACUCAAAGCCAGAAUGUGUCAGACAAACUCCACGCUUUCAUCACUCCGUCUUGUCCACCACUCGCUCUCACAGACAGCUUGUUAAAGCCGUGAAGAUUUGGAAGACGGCGUUUGUCAGUUCCUCAAACGUCACCCCCGGAGCUUUAAAGCCCAGAUCGUUUAAAGAGCGUCUGAUGUGUGUGGAAAUGCACCGCAAGGCGUCUGAAGUCUCAACAGCUCCAAAGUCCGUCGCCUGUUCCAUCAGAGACCUGCAGCUGUGCAGCUCAGAUUCAUCUCCAUCACCCUUUAAACAUCCGUUAGAGUCCCAGCACACCCGCCGCAGACGCCCCGUCCACAGAAGACACUACAGAAAACAGUUAGAGUGGUUUCACACCUUAUCCAGAAACAAGAGACCACCACGACUCAACCUGGAGGGUCAAAGGUCACAGACAGCUGUCAGGAUGACGGGUCCCUCUUCUGACAGAAAGAGACGUCAGAGAAGUUCUCCAUCAGCUCAAAGUCCUCCAGAGUUUCAGACGCCAGCGAGGAAGACGAGUCGAAGGCUGUGGAGACGACAGCUGGACACCAGCAGUUCUGACUCCAGCAGAUCCACCAAAACAACACCUGCAGACGUCAAGAAGACCAGACGUCAAAAACAAAACAACACACAUAAACCCUGUGACAACACAAACCGCCGGAAGCCUUCAUGGACUGAGUUUAAUUUCCUUGAUAUUCAUUCAGAUUUAAUCACAGACGCUUCACCUGCGCACAAAACACAGAAGAACUUCAGUGCCAUGUCAAAGAAAGACAAAAGAGAAGAUUCGCCUGCCACAAACCCAGCGUCCAGACCUCUGACGUCACCGAUGAGAAAACACAACAGAAGGUUCACAAAACCAAGACGAGAGAAGAUCAGCUAACCAGAAAAUCAUCAGAGGAACUAACAGACGACACAUCUCAGACACUGAUGAGAAAUGAGAAACGAGUUCACUUCAAGACUCCUUCGUCCUAAACAAGAGAUGCUUUAAAGCCACCGGUCACAGCAGCUUCAGCAACACCAGACACUCUCAGAGCGAAGCUUCAUCUGCACUGAUACACACCUGAUGAAUGAACACAUGAUGGCAGUGUGACACCGUCUG